UUAAUUUAUUUUUAAUAUACCAUUACUUAAUUUCAUAAACAAACACAAAUAUCAGCCUAAAAUGGAUGAGGAAAUGUGUUUAAAUGCCGAAGACGGUGAAUACACCGAAAUCGAAUGUCUUACUAGCGAGUUUAAGCGUGAGGAAGACGUUUUCAGCGUCGACGUUACUGAACGGGAAGAAACCGUGGUGAGACAGUUCAUCGAAUCGUAUAAAAAUUCGGAAGAACUGUGGGAUUCAUCACAUAUCCAUUAUCAUGAUCAGGAUAGAAGAUUGCGUGCACUGAACAAGCUUUUGCUAAUCUAUCGGAAAAUCAAACCUAGAGCCACGCAUAAUGUAGUUAGAAGAAAAAUUAAUACACUUAGAUCGCAUUACUAUAAAGUUUUGCGCCGAGUGGAAAAAUCAAAGUCGAUGGCGACAUCAGUAGCAGAUAUUUACCAACCCAAGUCUUGGGUCUUUUAUGAAAUGAAAUUUCUGGGUGACCUGGAGGAACAUUCCGCAAAGCAGCAGAAUAAGAGAACUAUAGCCAAUCGCACUUGGACCAAAAAACGAAAAAAAAUGCUGGCAGAAAAAUCUCCAAUUGAUUCAGAGACCGAAAUAUGUUUGCCUAUGGGUGAAACGAUUUAUACUCAAGUAAAUCCGGUAAAUGAAAGCAUACCUCCUGUUGUUGCCUUUUGGGGAGAAAAAUAUGCAAUGUUGAAUUCACCGCAAAAGCUAUUUGUCGAAAAGGCAAUCAACGACAUACUCUUCGAAGCGUGCCUAGGUAAUCUACAUAGAAAUUCGGUAAGAAUUAAUGUGAAUUUUCCGACAGGCGAUCACGAUCACUAUCAUUUGAAACAUGCCCCUGGAUGAAUUUUUCGGUCGAGUUCACCGGCGUCAAGUCAGGCACCAAUUUUUAUUUUGGUGGCUGGAAUUAAACGAUUGCUGCGCCACCUACAUGUCGAAUUCACACCAUUAAUCUAUUCCUUAAUUGAGAGCUGGGAUUAAAAAUACAAUUUAUUUGCUAACGAAUAUAAUCUAAAAACAA